AUGCGGAGGCACAGAGUUGCAAAGAAGUUGUUGCCACAAGUGAAACACAAAGUGUCGUCGUGCAAAGCAAUGUUACCGGUUGUCAGUACCGAGUCACAUCGGACUCUGUUGGANAUUACAUCCACGGAACCAAUUGAAGUGAGCGCAGCGUCAGGGACCACAACUACUGCUGCAGCCAAAACAGAGCCAAGUACAGCACAAACAACGACACCUACGACCAAACCAGGUGAACCAGAGAAAGGUAACAAUGAGGACGGGAAAUCCGAUGCAUCUGAAUUGCAACCUCCGAAUGCUGUCGGGAAUGCUAAGCAGCAACCAUCAGCACAGGAAGAACCAGAUAAUUCGAACGGAGCGUCGGUNUCGGACUCUGGUAAGACGGUGAAGGUCUACGUUAAUAGUACAAGUGGUACCAAAUGUGUGACUGUAAGAAGUGGAGAAACAUCGGAAACCCUGUGCCCGUCUGGGCCAAAUAAUCAGAUUACAUCCACGGAACCAAUUGAAGUGAGCGCAGCGUCAGGGACCACAACUACUGCUGCAGCCAAAACAGAGCCAAGUACAGCACAAACAACGACACCUACGACCAAUCCAGGAGAGGAAUCAGAAAAUCCGAACCCAGGUACUCCGGAUGUGGAGAAAAAGGAAAACGAACAGGCAACACAAGAUGGCGGAAAAGCAAAUCAGCCACCAUCGGAACAAGGUCAACCAGACAAUCCAAAUGGUGCGGUAGAGCAAAAAAUUCCGGAAAGUCCAUCGCAAGCAGCACCAGAAUCACUUGUGCAAGAAGGAAACGUUCCUGCUGCUGAUAAAUUAAUUCGACGUGCCAGAGAUACCCCCAGUACCGAUGUAACCGUGUACUACAUAUUGGAUGGUGUGUCGAGAUCCAACCCUCCAGUACUUCUUACGUUAAUAUUUGUUGCACGCCUAAUCAAUGGUGGUGCAUGAAUCCAAUGA